UUUGGCUCAAGCCACCGAUGACCCAUCGGUAGUGUGCUGCGAACGUGCACCAUCGAGUGCUGGCGCCUCCCCCCUUCAGAUCUCAUGCCUGGACGCCGCUCCUUGGCUAGCCGCGCGGCACGCCAUGCUCGGGUUGAGGAACGUAGCUUUCUUCAACCCCUUCCAGGUCCUGGACUACGAUGGCUGGCCGUCCCACUGUUCCUGAAGCAGUCAGCGGCGAAGGUGAUUCACUCCAUGGGGAGUCACGCCAUUGGUGAUCGUCAUGCGCUUGCUCCUCAUCACUUCGCUCGCGGAGCUGCUGCUGGUGCGGGAUUGCUUCCCGAGCUUCUUCGUCAGCGUCUCCGAUAUCAUCGAGAUGCCAAUCGAGCCAAGCAUCAAGCUGGUCUUCUCCUACAGGAAGCGCGUGCUGAUGAGCCUGCUGCUCCACCGGUGGCUGCCUCGUCGGCUUCUGGCGCACCGCCGACCUACAAGUAAGUGAACACCGACAAGGUCAACUCCCUGGACACCGUCUCCUUGUCUGAGGUGAUAUCUGGCCAUGGUCGUCCGCGUGAUGAUGUUGUGCUCCACUCGGCUUCUUCCUUGGCCGUGUUGCGGGUGAAGCUCGAGACGUUGGAGUACGCGCUUGCCGAGAGUGACAAAUUACGGCGAGAGGACCAACGCGCUUUGGACUGCCUCCUUGAGAAAGUCAGAACCAAAACUCCGAGUUCAAGCAGGAAUUGGCCGACGUCAUCGCCGCGGCCGAGCACCAGUUCGCCACCGUCGCGGACCAGCUGGGCACCAAGCAGGCCUCGCUGAUGAACGACGUCAUGGCCAUCAUCCACAAGACCGCGACUGCCUCCACCGCCGACCUCCAGAGCGACAACGCUCACGACCAGCUCAACGCCAAGGACGAGAUUGCUACCACCGCCGUGCACCAGAUCGCCUACAUCAGGGACCAGCCCACCGCCAAGGACGAGUCCGACAUAAUCCACACGUUUGCCAAGCUGCUCCUUAAUCCUACUCCUGCUACGCCUGUGGACGCCGAUGCCGCGCUGUCGUGCUCGCCCGCCUCCUUCGACGCGCAAUGCUUGUACUCCCUCAUCGAUUCGUCCAAGUCCAAGUGUCCCAUUGCCGAGAGUCAACUGCAGACGCUGCUAGCACGCCAGGAAAGACACCUGCAAGAGCUCUCCUCCUUCAACACCGUCAAGCAGACGAUGAUCAGCAAGUCCGUGGGCUCCGCCGAGGUGCAGCACAUUCCCAGCCAGAAGAUCGAGCUCGGUACUUUCGGCCCGGUUGCCGGCGACUCCUUGAACGACGUCCUGUUUUGCGUGCUGGACCUGAUAUGGAGUACAGAUAUUGCAGAGUGUGUUGAUUGGCCUGGUCAAGCGCUGUCACCAAGCGAGUUAUCCGAUGGGAUGCCCGAUGCCGUGAUGAAGCCCCCCGCCGACCCUGACUCGAAGCUGGCCGUUGACCAGCAGUGGCUCCUCCAGAGCGGCAUGUUGGACAUGCUCGGAGUGUUUGAUACGUGCGACUGUAACACGUUUGACGGCAUGUACGACUUCGCCAAGUGCCUCGGCUACGCUGAAGAUGUGUGCUCCGAGUCCGACUGGUCGCAUUCUGGGCUGGUUGGCGACUCCUACGAGUGCGACUCCAGCGAGUCCAGCGAGUGCGAGCCCUCUGACUACUACGCCUCCAAGUACUCCACCUACAACAACUACGACUGCGACCUGAGUCGGCAGGCCGCCGCGCGCGCGCGGUAGCCGCCCCGAACGGGACCGAUUGGUUUCGUUCGCUCCUCCUCCGCCUUCUUCCGGAC